CGCGGACUUUUGGCUGCUAAAGGAUAUAAAAACCUUCCAACCCAUCACAACACGAUCCGCCGGCGUGUCCUCAAACACUGUGCUCGCCUGAAGUGUGACGUGAAGGCGAAGCUGGCCGAAGAAUUGUCAAAUGGCAAACGGUUCUCACUUACGAUCGACGAGUAUACGUCCCUGAAAAACCGUCGCUAUAUGAGCGUGACUGUCCACUGCGAAGGUAACAUGUGGGGUCUCGGUGUCGCGCGUUGUCACGGAUCGAUGCCAGCAGAGAAAUGUCUGGAUCUUCUGCAGGGCAAGCUGGCAGAAUUUGGCCUUGAACUCAGUAAGCACGUCACCUGCGUCACAACCGACGGAGCUUCGGUGAUGGUGAAAUUCGGGAAGUCACUGCCAUGUGAGCACCAACUCUGCUUCGCACACGGUGUUCACCUCGCCGUUGUCGACGCUCUGUACUCGGGUGACGCCGGGCAGACCUCUGAACAAGCAGAUGACGACCGUGGUGGUGGUGGACCUAACCAGGUGAACUCGUCAGAUGAAUCCGACGGUGAUGACGAGGAUGAGGACGACAACGUGGAAGAAAACACUACUGGUGCUACUGGUCACCACGAACUACAUAGUUCGCUCUCUCCAGUCGUUAAAAGCAUUAGAAACAUUGUCCGCUGGUUUAGAAAAUCGCCCGUACGAAAUGAAGUCCUUCAGAAAUACGUCAGAGAGGAGCGUGGGCAGGAACUGAUGCUAGUGCUAGACUGUAAAACCCGAUGGAAUAGUUUGUAUGACAUGCUAGAACGAUUUGAUAACCUCAAAGCAGCUGUCCACAAAGCACUCAUUGACAUAGGAGACAAACGUAUGAAAAUGAUCGAUGAUUAUGAAUACGCCGCCAUACCUGCGCUCAUUCGCUGCCUGAGAAUCAUGAAACUCGGAGCAGAAGCGCUAUGCAGGAGAGAAAGUGGACUAUUGGAGGCUGAAGCUGCUCUAAAGUUUAUGUUAAGCGCGCUUGACAACUACAAGGAGGACUGCGCGAUUGCAUGUAAACUGUCUGAUGCGUUGAAACAGCGCAUCCGACAGAGACGGUCACGUGCGGCUAAAGUCCUACAAUCGCUCCAUAACAAAAUGUCGGCAGACAGAGACUGGAAAGAUAUUUUUCCUAGUGCCUCUCGCAAGGAAGCACAGGACUUAGUUGUCCACAUGAUGGAAAGAUUGGGAGAACAGAUGCAUGAUACCGAAGUAGGUGUAGAUACAGAAGUGAUGGACGCUGAUGAUCCUGAAUCAGCGCCGUCUCUUCAGUCGAUGCUUCAACAAGCUCUAGAUGAGGUUAGAGCUCCAGAGCAAGGCACCAGUUCAUGCCCGUCUGGGAUUAACUUUUCGCAAUCUUCUCUGAUGAUGACGAAGGCCAUAAGGAAAGAAUUGGAAAAUUUACCUAUCUCAGGAAGGACAGGCAUGGAAGCGCUGUCCUACAACUGGCUGAAGGGCAUAGUUCCUACGAGCGUUGAAUCGGAACGAGUGUUUUCCACUGUCGGGAAUAUCGUCACAAAAGUGCGGUCGAGUCUCGGCGACGAAGUCGUUGAUGCACUUUGCUUCCUCAAGUGUUACUACCGUAACAAGUGAAUGUGACCAGGACAUGCUGCUGGUCAGACGACCACAAUCCGUAGGCACGUCUACUGUAUCCUGACUCGAAAUAUAAACAAGAAAUACAAUGAUCAAUGUCA